UGUGUUGCCUCAGGUCUGUAGUGAAGCUGCUCGGUGGUGCUGUUAUAGUGGUCACUGUCCCUUUAAGAGAGCGCGCUCUAGGGUGGCGCUUUCCUCCGCAAGGGCUUCUUGAUAUUAAUAGUGUUGGUGUCUUGAAACUGACGUAAUGCUUGGAGUCUGAGGUCCUGACAAGCGAUAACAUUUCUGAUAAAGAACUGAGAUCACUGCAAAAACCAACCUCCUUUUUUUUUAUUCCAGACUCAGGCGUUUUUUUUUUUUUUUACUAUUAAACACAGUCACCCAAGAUUUCACGUGUACAGGGGCAAUUCGCAAUCUUACAUCCCCAUAAAAAGAAAUAAUUCCCCGAGAUCAACAAACAAACAACACAAAGACGGUUCAUGGCUCACGCCAAAGCUCCACCAUCUUUCAGACUGCAAAGACUAUUGCAGUUUAAUCAACAGUGAUCGAGAAUAGCGGUGUAGUGUGGUCACCACUUGCAACCUGGAUCAUCUACACCUGUGAGGUCUUCUGAGAAAAAGGAAGUACUCUACGGGACGGCACGUUUCAUAAACAACGCAUGUACAGACAACAUAGCACGAGUUAACUUUGAACACUGCAGGAAAACAUGGAAUGAUUUCCAGGCCAGAAUGGAUGUGGAAUAAAGGAUACCUCAGAGGGCUCCUUAGGGAAGGGUCUUUGGAUACGCUGUCAACUCUGUUAUCUGCCUCCCUGUUGGAAUUGAGUGUGAUAAUGCUAUAACCCAAUGUUUAACAGAGAUAUGGUGCGGAAAAAGAAUCCCCCUUUGAGAAGCUUCGGCGGUGAGGAAGAGGAGGGCGAGGCGGUGGCUGACGAGGCCACGGGGCCAGAGAGCGGAACCACAGGGAACCAGGCCUCUGAGCCUGACAGGCCGAUGGGCGAAGAGCAGGAAGAGCCGUCCUCCCCUGGCCCCAUCAAACCAGGCAGGCCUGACUUACAUUACCCCAGCCACAAAGAGGCAGCCAACUCAGCGUCCGACCCCAGCUGUGAGGGCUCUGAAACCGGGUUGCUGGACUCUGCCACCUCCCCGAUGCAAUCAGAUCCAGACGAGGAAGGGGACCUGGUGCUGAGCGUGGCUAGAGAUGGUGAGGAGGGACAAAACGGUCUAAGACCGGCCACCCGGUCAGGCUGUGUCAUUGUACAGAGCUGCACCAGUAAUGGAGAAGAGAGGGAACCCACCCACAGCCCACCAUCUUUGCUGGGCUCUGACAGCCCGUGUGAAGUGGGUGUAGAAGGCUCCAAAGUCUCACCUGUUACCCUUCAUCCACAAAGGCCCAUAGGGGGAGCGGAGGAGGUUUCCAGUCCUCUGGGAGCUGAGACGGGAGCCCCCCUGCCCACCUCACCCAAACUGCAGGACUUUAAGUGCAACAUUUGUGGGUAUGGUUACUAUGGCAAUGACCCCACGGACCUGAUAAAACACUUUCGUAAGUACCAUCUGGGCCUGCACAACCGGACGCGACAGGACGCAGAGUUGGACAAUAAGAUCCUGGCACUACACAACAUGGUGCAGUUCACAGCCCAGACACAGGCCAAAGACUCAGUGCGGCUCCUCGGCCAGUCGGCUCAGACCGGCUCUGCAGCAGAAGCACGGUCACCUGGUUCUUCGGUGCUUAACGGCACCUAUGACGUACAGGUAACGUUAGCAGGCAUCUUCAUCGGUAUUGGGAGGAAGACACAGGAUUGUCAAGGCAACACCAAGUACUUCCGCUGUAAGUUCUGUAACUUCACCUACAUGGGAAGCUCCUCAGUAGAUCUUGAGCAGCAUUUCCUGGCCACCCACCCCAACAAGAUGAAGAGCCCACCUCCAUCCAACCCCAACCUUGAGGAGAAGUCUUCUGACUGGAAGGGAAAUGGCAUGCCACGCAUAGGGGCAGAUAAGCAGGGGAAAUGGGCAGAUCGGGUGGCGGUGAGGGCAGAAGAUGACUCUGUAGCUGGAUACUCCGUGCCAAUCAGGGCAUCCGAUUCCCCAAGCCGCACUGGAGCCGACAGCCCAGCGGUGUAUUACUGGUGUAAGUAUUGCAGUUUCAGCUGCAAAGCCACCAGCACAUCUAGGCUUCUGGAGCACUAUGAGAAGAGACAUGGUCAGGCAGCCGUCAGGGAGGGAAGUCCAGGGGACAGGGAUAGAAAGGCCCGCGAUGCAGACUCCAGUGUAUGGAAGAAAGACCACCAGAGUGGGAAAACCGUGACUGCAGGUGACCCAGAAACGGUAGUAACUAGUUACAACUGCCAGUUCUGUGACUUUCGUUACUCUAUGACCCACGGUCCGGAUGUAAUCAUUGUGGCUCCACUUUUGCAUCACUACCAGAGGGCUCACAGCAUUCACAAGUGCACCAUCAAGCAUUGCCCCUUCUGCCCACGUGGGCUCUGCACUCCUGAGAAGCACCUGGGGGAGAUCUCUUACCCUUUUGCUUGUCGUAAAAGCUCCUGCUCACACUGUGCUCUACUUCUGCUGCAGUUAACUGCUGGAGGGACCACUACCCCAUCCCCACCUGGUCCUAGAGCAUCAGUCACCCACCUGUGUGACCAGUGCCCGUUCACCUCAACCGAUAUCGAUUUGCUUCUGUUGCACUAUGACAGCACUCACACCCCUCACACCUUACUAGAAGUCAAACCAGAGGAGGAGGGAUCGGGGGAUGGAGGGGUGGGGCCAGUUCUGGACCAUCCUGGAGAGUAUGCCUGCACUAAGUGCCAUUUCUUCACUGAAGUGGAGGAGGAGAUCUUUCGUCACUACAGGAGGGUUCACAGCUGCUGUCGUUGCCGGCAUUGUAGUUUCACUGCCACUGACACCACGGCACUACUGGACCACUUCAACUCCGCCCACUGCCAGGACUCUGCUGAUCCAGCCUCCGCCCCUGCCAAUGGCUGCUCCACCCCUUCAACCCUUCACAUCAAAGAGGAGUGCAAAGGUGAUUUGAAACUCUAUAGCCUGGUGCCUCCAGAGGCCAGCCGAGCCGAGCCCCUGCCUGGCUCAGAGGGUGUAAAGAGUGAGGCCCAGGAUGAGAAGGAGAAGACCUGGGUCGAAGCUCUGGGCCCUGGGACUGGUGGUGGAGGAGUCAGAGGUGCGGAGCAACACGUGCAGAGCUUGGUCUGGGUGCCCAAAGAACGUGCCGGGGAGAUUCUAAGGGGCAGCCCAGCCCCGUUCCCCCAGGCAACACUGGGUCUGCUGACCGCAGUGGCAGCCGGGGUGAAAGACCAGCAGCAGAAGGGGGUGACGAUGCUCAGAGACUCAGGACUGCUGUUCAGCCUCAGCACUGAUGCUAAAGGUUACCUGCCUGGGACGCCACCGAGCAGUGCAGAGAAAGCCGGACAGCAGUACACAACCUCAACAGAGGGCAAGAGUGCCAAGGAAGAGUCACAGUCACUCUUACGGAGACGGCGGGGUUCGGGGGUCUUUUGCGCCAACUGUCUGACCACCAAGACCUCACUGUGGAGGAAGAAUGCCAACGGCGGCUACGUGUGCAACGCGUGUGGCCUCUAUCAGAAGCUACACUCGACCCCCAGACCGCUGAACAUUAUCAAGCAAAACAACGGAGAGCAGAUCAUCCGUCGGCGGACGCGUAAGCGCCUAAACCCCGACCCAGUUCCGUCUGAGCAGGUGGGGUCCAAGCAGCAGCGUGUCAACAGUGAGGAACGCUUAAAUGGCAGCCCUUUGGAGAGGAGAACUGAAGAAUCUGGAUCUGAUGGGUCUUUAUCACGGACUGAGUCCCAAGUCCAGCUGGGUAAAUUUGAGACUUAUGGUCCCUCAGGGCCCAAAAGUCACCCGAGUCCCCGCUCCACCCACGCUUUCCUUGUCAACCAGACGCUGGAGAUCCACAAGCGUAUGCCUCCACUACACAUGCACAAGAGCCCUGCAGAUGGAGGAGCCGAAGCUAAUGGGCUUGCUGCAGGAUCCCAGAGCGGGGAUGGUAAGGGGGGCUCAGAACGGGGCAGCCCUAUCGAGAAGUACAUGCGUCCAUCAAAGCAGGCCAGCUACUCACCUCCCGGGAGCCCCAUCGAAAAGUAUCAGUACCCGUUCUUUAGCCUACCCUUCCUCCACAAUGACCUGCAAAGUGAAACAGACUGGUUGCGCUUCUGGACUAAGUACAAGAUGUCUGUGCCAAGCAACCCGGGCCACUACUUGGGCCACGUGGCUGGCCUACCCAAUCCGUGCCAAAGCUUUGUGCCUUACCCCACCUUCAGCUUACCGCCUCAUUUACCACCUCCACCGACCUCUGGACCUGAGAGCGAUACCCCACUCGACCUGGCCAUCAAGCAUUCCAAACCUAGUCCGAUGCCCAAUGGGGCCCUUGUUACCAAGGAAAAUGUCACUGCCGAGAAACAGGCAUCACCUGCUUUAGAAAGGGAGAAGGAGAUGGAUCGGCCCUUGGAUAGCGAAGAGGACAGUUCUGCUUCGCAAGUCCCCAAACCGGAGAGGGUUGAUCAGGCCACACAAGAUGAUCUGUCCAGCAAAUGUGCCCACUGUGGCAUUGUCUUCUUGGACGAGGUCCUGUACGCCCUGCACAUGAGUUGCCACGGUGAUGGUGGGCCAUUCCAGUGCAGUAUCUGCCUGCAUGCUUGCGCUGAUAAGUACGAUUUCACAACCCACAUCCAGCGAGGCCUCCACCGGGCAGCCCCUGAGGCAAAUGCCAACCCCUCUAACCAAUGAGCUUUAUGGUCUAGUUUACCUGCAGUCCUAGCACAAUUAGAUCAGUAAGGAACUCAAUGGGAGACUCUGCAGUCUAAAACAAUAUUUCGAAUAAAUGCAUUGAACUUUUUGCUCAAAAUGUGCCAAGAAGGAUCAUGGUGCCUAAGCAACCAAUGUAAGAAACUUCAGUCAGCGUAGCAUUUUUGUGGGAGCUCAUACAAACACACAAAAGCUAUUAUCUAUUUCCACUUGUAAUGAACAAGAACUGCUUUUGAAGAAAUCGGUACAAGUAGCUACUCAAUUAAGAUAUAUUUUCUUUAAUCAAGAUAUGUAAUUUUGACAAGGCAUUUCAGCAAGCAAGGUACAUCUACUCAAAUGUAAUUAUUGCUUUUUUAUUGUUGCUGUGUGUUUUCACAGAUUUUUUGGAAAUUUCUCUUACCUUGUACUGAUUUUUUUUUUAAAUGAGGAUGUUUCUGCAUGUGUGGCUCAGUGUAGGAAAAUGUGGAAGUCGCCUGUCACUAUGGCAACAGCAUAACUGACUGGCGUCCUCAAACAAACAUCCAGCAUCCUCAGGGAAUGUGUGUGGCUGAAAUAGACAACAUUAGUUUAGUCUUACUGUUUUUAGUUAAUAUUAUACUAAAUAUCUUAUGUUUUACUGUUUGUUGUUGUGUUUUUUUGGAAGAGAUAGGGUUAGGUAACUCAAGUCACAGAAUUCCAUCAAAACUUUUAAGCUGCUGCCUUAGUUGCUGGGAUGCAAUUCUUGUUACUCUAGAAAUUUGGGAAGGAAUUAAAAUACUAUUUUUUUCUAGGUUGUUAAUAGUAAAAUCAUAUUAUCUAUCAGUGCCUGAUAUAUUGUACAAAGUAUUUUCUACAUGAAAUGUUGAUAUGCAACAUUGAACCUGCAUCUGAAUAAGGGCCCUGAGCUUGGCUCUGAAAAACGUUUACAUUUUCAAAUGUAGCAAACGACGUAAUGAAGCAACACCUGUUAUUUUGACUUAACUUUUUUCCACGAAAACAGUAAGACAAUUUUAUUUCUUUUCCUCCAAAGGUGGAACAUUUAACAAAAGUACUAUUUUUUUUUUUUUUUCUUUUUUCUCUGUCGUCCUUGGCCACAAAAGGGCAUUAUUCAUUCCAAGCGUCAUGCUUUACUGUUGCCUCUCCUUACCAUGUACUUGGGCUUUGUAGAUGAUGUAACUUGUUGUAUUGAACUGAAGUCUUCCUGUAUUUGUCUCCUGCUCAUCUUAUGUGAGAUGAGCUUUAUUUGAUAUUUUUUUGAGAGCAAAGGGCUCUAAAUAAUAACACUUAGCAAGUCUAAAUUCAUUCCAUUCCCCCUAUUAUUCUCAGAUUAGUUCUCAGUGGAUUUACCAACAAAAAUUGAAUUAAAAGUACAUUCGAAUUUUUAACCGUUUUGUUUAAAGAUUGUGUACUGUUGAUGAAACUCAAUUGCAGGUGUUUCUGGUGCCUAACAUUACUUAACAUAACAUUGUUAUUUUUAGUCUUGCUUCACCUGGUUGUACUUUGGUUUGUGCUUCUUUUGCAAUUUGUAUCAUGUCGAGUGGACAACUGUCUACCUGCACAACUGAAAAACUGUCUUAAGUAAUAAUGAGCUCGAAAUAAUCUCUAAUCCCAAACAGAAACUUGAUAUAUUGCAAAGCUGUUUAUGCAUCUUUACAGCUUUCCAUUCUACUUUAAUGGAAAAUAGGCUUUAAAUCAUUUGAACAUCCCUUGACAAAUGUCUUUUUUGUUUUGUCCUCUUAUCUUUGCUUCUACACACUUGCCCCUUUUCAUGGCCAUAGGUUGAGUGAGUUGAGUCUGACGUGAUACAGACAUUAUUUAUAUGAAAUGGGGGGAAAAAGGGAGAGAGGUUCAGGCUCCAAAUGUCUAAUUUGCUCUUUCUGUAUUUCUCAGAAACUAGCCUUACAACGCUGCUUAACUGAUAAUGCCUCUUGAAAAAUUACUGAUAUCAUUUAUAAACCAUUGCUUUUCGCCAGACCAUUUAUACAGUUGGGUAUUAGAUAACAUAAAUAAUUCUGUAUGUUUAUUUUUUUAUGUUUUUCUCUAAAUGGCAAUUCUUUCACUUUAAUUUGAAAAUACGUAAAUGCUUGCACUUCAGUUACUCUUGUUUAUUGCAAAGGAAGAAAGAUUAAAUGUGUUAUCAGCAUGCUAAGUACAGGUACUGCAUUAUAAUAGAAAAAGAUCUUGCCUAUUUUUUGAAGGUCUUGUGCAAGGCUUUAACAAUAUUGAAAAACAAGGAGUAUUUGAUGAAGCCUGGAAGCUGGUAUGGCCAAGGUCAAUGCGAAGGGCAUAAAUAUGUAAAUGUUUUAACCAUUAUUCUUAGAAUGUUAUUGAUUUUAAACUUGCUGCAUUAAAAGUGCAUAUAUGAUGAUUUAGGAUUUAUUUUUUUCUUUCUGCCACCUUAACGUUUUGUUUUUAUUUUUGUGUGGUAGGUUUUUACAUGCAAAAAGAUUUAAAAAAAAGAUGGCAAAGAUGUCUGUUACAUCUAAACUUGAAUAAUAAUGAUGAUGAUGACGAUGAUAAUAAUAAUAAUUAAUAAAAUAAAACA